AUGGGACGAUUCAGUGACUGUGUAAGGGAAUACCUUGCCGUGCUUGUCGAUAUCACCGGCCUCAAGAAGGAAAAGCCGGAAGACGACAUCGAGAUGGACACCAAAGUCGAGACCAAAGUCGAUGCCAAGGUCAACACAAACGUCGGCUGCAGCACACACAGCCACAGCCCCGAAACCCGCCCAGCUCCCGACCACAAACCGCCAGCAGCGGCCCAAGAGGGGUGGAAGCACCGCCCAAACGCCGAGUUCCCCUGGAGACUCGAGCAGGUAGUUGAGGAGGAGGAGAACUGGCGCGGGACCUGGGUCCUGGAAGUGAAGGACAUGCGGGCGAUGGACUGGGGCACCGCCCACGUGCCCAAGGCCGACGGGGACGGACGGGGAGGGCGGCACCAGAGGCAGCCGACGCGCCAUCUGCCCUUUCCGGUUGAUGGGAAUGGGUACCGGGAGACGCUGACCGGGGGCCAGGACGACCUGAUGGUGCAGCUUGGGAAGCGAUAG